CAUUUUUUUUUUUUUCAACUUACCGUUUGUUAACGCCUUUAAUUUCAGGGUUGACGUGUCUAAAAUGGCAAAAAAGACAGAAAACACCAAAGAUGACAUUUUGAAAAAUAGAGUUUUAACCUUAAGGGCCGAAGGGGAGUGGAAUUUCCGUAAAGGGAAUUACAAACAUGCGCUCAGCAGCUUUAGUGCGGCGCUUGAUUUAACCCAUAAAGAGAAGAAAUGCCUUGUUGGUCGAGCCAAGUGUUUCAUGCGGAUUGGCCAGUUUAUAAAUGCUCUAACAGACGCUGAAGUUUUAAUAAAAGAGGACGCGUCAUUCCCUGAGGCAUUGUACCUAAAAGCGGAGGCUUUAUAUUACAUGGGUGAAUUUGAAUUUGCACUGGUUUUUUACCACCGAGGGCAAAAGAUUCGCCCACAUAUUGAAGGAUUCAAGCUUGGGAUCCAGAAGGCAGAGGAGGCGAUAACAAACUCUGUCGGCAAUUCUUCCUCACUCAAACUGGAAAUUAGGGGAGACCUGUCAUUCCUCAAAGAGGAGGAGGAGGGAGAGCAGCCAAUUGCUGUUAUUCAGAACCUGACAAAAAAAGAAAAGCAUCAUACUCCAGAGACCCUGAAGAAUGAGAAGACCACCAAACAACUGCUGGGAGAGUUUUACCCACACAAGAAAUUCCUAGAGAAACUUCUGAAAGACCAAGAUUUGGUUAAAGGUGUGACGAAGAGUGGAGAACGAGUGGAGGACAUAAUUCAGAGCAGCAUCACGUCUCUUAAUAACUGCGCCGACUUCUGGAGUCAAGAGAUGCCUGUUUCCCUCAAAGAUAGAAAGCAGCAGCCCAAGCAGCAGAAAUAUAGCUCUCCCUCUGACAGGGUUCAUUUUCUCCUGAGGAGCCUUGAUGAGAUAGAUGGCGAACUGACGUCAGGGAAUGCAAAAGGCAGUCUGAAGAAGGGAGAAGAAUUAAUGAGGAUAAUUCAAGGAUGGUCGAAAAAAGACUGCCCAGUUAAAGAGGAGAUAAUGUGCUUCCUGCAUGGAUGCAUUGGAAAUGCUUUGUUUGACUUGGGAGAUGUAGAUAAAGCGCUGCAACAUCAUCACAAAGACCUGAAGUUGGCUAAACAGUGCAAAUUUCCAAAAGCAACAGCAAGGGCUCUGGCCAACAUAGGUUGCACCUAUGCUGAAACUGGACAAUUUGCAAAAGCCAUAGAGUUCUGGGAAGAGAAGAUUCCUUUUGUCCAUGAAGGUUUGGAGAAGACCUGGUUGCUUCAUGAGAUCGGCUGUUGUUACCUGGAGCUCGGUCAUCCUGAAAAAGCCAGAGACUUCGGUCUCCGUUCUGUUGCUGUGGCUGAAGAACUAUCUGAUAACAAGUGGCAGUUAAGGGCCAGUGUUUUGCUUGGACAGUCAGAAUUGAAUUUGGGAAACUUUGAAUCAUCUGUAUCUCACUUUGAGAAGGCUUUGAGUCUGGCUAAAGUUCAAAAUGACAGCACAGCACUGAGUGCCAUCCAAGAGGCACUCGAUGAAGCAAAACAACAUCUACCACACUGAGGAUGUCUGCACCAAAAAGCAACAGGGGAACAUACAUUAAUGAGGAUCUUGUUGUGAUUAUUGAACUGUGUUGGUCAUACUGGGAGCGAAGGUCUCACAAUCCUACUGUCAGUAUUUCAUCUUCAUGAAGUUUGUCUUUCACUGAUAAUAUCAGAUUGAACACUGAUCAACAUUACAGAUAAAAAAGAUGCCAAAAGGGUCUAGUGUUGACCCCUGUCGCCAUCAUCCUUUAAAAAAACAAUAAAAUAUUUUUCUUUCCAUUGUCCAA